AUUGAUUUAGUUCCUAUUCUACAGUUGCCUCUGUGAUCUCUGACGAGAUGUCUGAGAGGGGAAAAGUACACCCGGGUUGCGUAAAUGCGUCCAAUCCUUAUCAUCAAUGUGUCGAAGAGUGUUAUCGGAAGAUUGCCGGAGGCAAGCCUCACAAGAGCAAAAAUCAAUCAGACUAUCGUGGUGCUGGAGAGGAGCGUAGCAAAAUUGUCCAGAGAGAGAGAAGGGUGAAUGGUGCUUGUCCUAAGGCAUCAAAUCCUUACCAUGAAUGUGGUGAAUCCUGCUCACAAAAGGGAGCUCACACAGAGGCCAGGCGGUACAAGAAAGAAGCAGGAUCUAAUGGGGUUGAUGCUUCCCAGACUUUGAGCAGGAGAACAAAAAAGGAUCCAGAUCCUCGGCCCAACUCUUCCCACAUGCAGGACAAAGUCACGAGGCCUGUUGUUUCUACAACCUCGACUGUUGCUCCAUCAUCUCCUCUACACCACACUUCUGAAAAGAGGCACUUGGAGGACAACAACUCGAUUUCUCCUAUUCCUUAUUCUGGAGAAAUUCACCCUGAAGAUUUCUCUUUCCUUAAGGGCCAAGUCAGGUCUUCUCCUUCAAUGCCGACUUCUGGAAAUGUCACCCCGGUGCUUCACCUCUCGCCUGAUCGUGCCAAGGGCCCUCCAAUGGAAAGCUUAGAAUAUGCUGCCAAAUUUACACCCUCCAAAGAGAUAGAGGAGGAAAACUUUAAUGGUACACUCAGGCACGAAAUUGUUCCAAGUACCGUCAUUGAUGACCCAGCAGAAGGCGCUCCGCACUCCAAUCGUGGUUCAAUGAGCUCUAGCAUCUCAGAUGUGGGUCACUCCUUUGAAGACAGCGAUGAUGAAGAUGUCCAGUCCGUGAUGUCCGAAACCCGUGUCCCAGUUGGUAAAUACCAUGUGAAGUCCAGCAUGUCCUCCAUUCUGCAAGCGAUUCUCGAGAAGUAUGGAGAUAUAGCAGAAAAUUGUGUGUUGGAGUCAAUCUCGAUGCGGUCUUAUUAUUUGGAGUCCGUCUGCUUCGUCGUUCAGGAGCUGCAAUCCACUUCAUUCAUGCACCUGACCAAGUCCAAGGUCAAAGAGAUGCUGGCUAUUCUCAAAGACUUGGAGACUUCACAUAUUAAGGUUGGGUGGUUGCGAAAGAUACUCGAUGAAAUCUCAGAGGUCAUUGAGGUGAUUACUCAGCAUCAGACAGUCAAGGCAGCGAAGACCAAGUGUGAUCAAGGCCUCGAGUCUAUGAAGAUUUUACUGGAGUUCCAGACAGAAGAUCUGGCUACGAAAGAAGCCGAGCUUGCUGAAGCAAAGUCAAAACUAGCUGAAACCAGAAACCGUUUGCGCGAGCUCGAGGUCGAGUCCUCCGAGUUGAACAAGUCCGUUUUGUCCUUGAGCUCCCAAGUCGACGGCUACCAUUUUAAGUCAUUGUUGGAGGAACUCCUAUGAGCCUGAAGAUUCUGUGACUAGCUGACUCCCUGGAAUGUGAUGUACUAUGAGCAGCAUAAAACUACUUGGGAUAUAGGUUAAACUUUCGGUCUUCUGAUUCUUUUUCUUCAUACUUAUGCCGCAAAAUAUACAACAUCACUGUGCUUAAACCAACGUUUCCUUUCUGGUUUUGUACUGUUUUGUUCAUUCGGUUACUUCCGCAUGAAUAAGUGUUUUCAUAUAUAUAUCUUUCUUCUCU